UCUAAACACGUAAAAACUGUAUUUUUACGAUCCGUAAUAGAGGAUAUUCUUUUCCCUCUUUCUUGCCCCCAAUGUCGCUCUUCUUGCUGCUCGCGGUGAUCUUGUGCGCGAUCCAAUUCCAUCUCGGGGUUCUAUGCGAUCACCGGGUUGUGUUCCAAUUUGGCGAUUCCCUCUCCGACGCGGGCAAUUCACUCCUCGCGUUCCCGGGCCUGAAUGGAUCAGGAAUCUUGGGCCUCCCCCCUUACGGCGAGACCUUCUUCAAGAGGGCGACUGGAAGAGUGACGGACGGGCGACUUAUCAUCGAUUUUCUAGCGAGUGGAAUGGGUGUCCCUUUUCUGGACCCAUACCUCGACAAGGCCAGUGCGAACUUUGUCUAUGGCGCCAACUUCGCUACGGUUGGAGCCACAGCUUUGAGCAUCAGGGAUUUCUACCGCAAGCGCAACAUCAUGCCUCGCAGGCCCACAUUCUCGUUUGACACACAGCUACAGUGGUUCCAUAGCUUCCAGGAGCAAGCACUUAUGAAUGGAUCGAGUGCCUAUUCUGUUCCAAAUCUUCGCCAGUUUCGUGAAGCUCUGUAUGUCAUCGGUGAGAUUGGGGGCAACGAUUACGCAAUGCUCCACGGAAGUGGGGUCGAUUUCUUAGACAUAAUCAAGUUCUUUGUCCCUCGAGUGGUCCACGAGAUUGAAGAAACGAUCCGGGAGCUGUAUCAAGCGGGAGCGCGGAAUUUCCUGGUGAUCAAUGUUCCAAUCCAGGGAUGUAACGUUCGCUCCCUUGCUACUGCUGAUUGGAGCAAGGAGGAAAUGGACGAGUUGGGCUGUCUUGCACGAUUCAACGAGGUUGGCUAUCGUCAUAAAUUCCUCCUCGAGAGAAUGGUACGCAAGUUGCGUGACGAGUUGCCCGGCUCGGCUUUCGCGACCGGGGACUUCCUCGGGAUCACCAAGAAAAUCUUUGAAAACUACAAACACUAUGGAUUCACGCACAGAUUCGAGGCUUGCUGUGGGAUUUAUAACGCUACCACCACUGUCGACUGUGGAGAGAGCGUUUUCGUGAAUGGAGCUCGCAUCCAGGGCCCAACUUGUGAUGACCCAUCGCAGUAUAUCUUCUGGAACGACAAUCACUUCACGGAACACUUCUACGAGAUUGUGGCAAACGCGUUUCUAUCGGGAGAGUUUCUGGAUCCUCCAAUCUUCCCGAAAUUAUCGCAAACCAUAUGACAUCAAAAUGUAUAUAAGCAUCUAUCAAAAGUUUCGUACGAAAGUACCGUACUUGCUUUUGGGCUCUGUUUCUUAGGGUUUAUCGAAAAGCCCUAGGGCGAGCGCGCUAGGGUUCCGCGAUGGUGCGGCUUGGAGCGGAGCUCAUCUCGCGGGCGCCGCAGUACCUGAAUGCCGUCAAGGACCGCGAGAUCGAUCUGCGAGG